ACAUGUAAUACCUGCGCCCAACAGGGGUCGAAGUCCAUCUUCCUGGUUCUGUGUAACUGACGAGGUGUUAAUCAACAGCUCAGUGCAUGUGUGAGUGAAACAUCUGAUCACAGCCUGGACUUACUGUGAGUCUGGUGGAGAAGAAGAGCUCGGUAAUGGUGCGUCGUGUGGCAGUGGUUGGAGGCGGCAGCUCAGGUCUGGCCUGUGUCAAGACGUGUCUCGAUGAAGGUCUGGAGCCGGUCUGCUUUGAAAGCAGUGAUGACAUUGGUGGCCUGUGGAGGUUUAAGGAGUCACUUGAGCCGGAGCGAUCCAGCAUCUAUCGCUCCCUAGUGGUCAACACCUCGAAGGAGAUGAUGUGUUUCAGUGACUUUCCCAUGCCAGCUGAUUAUCCAAACUACAUGCACCACUCUCAGCUGCUGCAGUACUACAGGCUCUAUGCUGAGCACUUCCACCUGCUCAGAUACAUCAACUUCCAGACAACAGUGAGGACACUUACGCAAAGACCAGACUUCUCUGUGAGUGGUCAGUGGGACGUGGUGACCAUAAACAAGGACGGGGAGGAAGAGAGACACGUCUUUGAUGCAGUUCUGGUGUGUUCCGGUCAAUACACUCGUCCGUCCUUACCCCUGUCUGAUCUCCCAGGUCAUGAGACGUUCUCUGGCAGGUGUUUUCACAGCUGGGAAUAUAAAGACGCUGAUGCCUACAGAGGAAAGAAGGUGGUGGUGGUUGGCAUCGGCAAUUCUGGAGCAGAUAUUGCAGUCGAGAUCAGUAGAUCUGCGACAAAGACAUUUCUCAGCACACGAAAGGGAACCUGGGUGAUGGGCAGGAUGUCUACCAACGGUCUCCCUCUGGACAUGACUGUCCUCACCAGGUUCAACCUCAUCCUCUCACAGCUUCUCCCCUUCUCUGUGGUUAACUGGGCUGCAGAAAGACAUCUGAGGCACAGAUGUGACCACCAACUGUACGGCCUGAAGCCCGCGCACAGACUUCUGCAGCGAAAGCCUUUGAUCAAUGACGAUCUUCCCGGACGAAUCCUCCAGGGGGCGCUAAUCAUGAGGGCCAACCUGAAAGGCUUUUUGGAAUCGGGGGUUAUAUUUGAAGACGACACCGUGGAGGAGGACAUCGACGCUGUGAUCUUCUGCACUGGUUAUAAAAUAAACUUCUCCUUCCUGCCUCCAUCUUUGUACGAGGAGACUCACGGAGAGUUGACGCUGUACAAGAGAGUGUUUCCACCUUCUCUGCAACACCCGACACUCGCCAUCAUGGGACUUUUCCAGACUAAAGGACCAAUCAUGCCUGUGGUGGAGAUGCAGGCACGGUGGGCUGUUAGGGUCUUCUCAGGUUUGAAUCGUCUUCCGUCUCCGGAGAAAAUGCUGGAAGUGAUUGAGUCAGAGAGAAAGAGAAACAUGGAAAGCUACACCUGCCCACGUCAGGCUGCUCUCCAGGUCGACUACAUCUCAUACCUGGACUUCAUGGCCAAAGAGGUCGGAGUUCGACCAAACCUGUUGCUGCUGUCGGUGACAGACCCUGUGCUCUGGCUGAAGCUGCUCUUCGGUCCCUGCACUCCAUAUCAGUAUCGUCUCUCUGGACCGGGACGAUGGGGCGGGGCCCGGCACGCUGUCCUCACUCAGUGGAAGCGGGUUGUUCAGCCCUUCAAAACCAGACCAGCACCCGAACCAGAACCCGGUCCAUCUGUCCUUCUCUCCGUUUGUCUGCUCAGCAUUGGAGCGAGUGUGCUAACGGCUCUGAUUCUGUCGAAAGACAAACUCAGUCCAGUUCUGCAGAGAACAGCUCGAUACUGUGAGGAACAACUUGUUUCCUGGACAAAUCAAACACUUUAGGACUUUAGGAACCUGAACCUGAACCUGAACCUGAAGGCCAGUGACGUCUCUUAAAUGUGUGGUUGUGAAAUGAAACUUCAUAGAUCUUUAAAAACAUGUACCAAUUUCAUAUUCAAAUUAAAAGAGUAAACUUUAAGACAGUGCAUUACUCUCUCUCUAUAUAUAUAUGUGUGUAUCAUAUAUGUGUGUGUCAUACCAGUCACCACUCGCAGUGAGACUGGCCUAAUUUAAAUUAUAUACAUUACAUGCGUGACUGUUAAAGCAGAACUUUGUAACUUUUCUCUGCUUAUUUGUUCUACCGUGAGCGUCUAAAAUAACACUAUCAUUGUGAUCUAA